AUGCUGUUCACGACAAAUCCCAAACUGGUUCUCCGGGGACCCCUCCCCCCGCUCCAAUCAGCCCGCGGCCCGCCCGUGGUGCGCACGGAGGCACCGGCGGCCGGCUCGCGCCCCUACCCCGCCGAGUCCUCCGAGGGCGCGCGCGGCGGCGGCGGGGCCGGGGUCCUGCGAGUCACCGGCCGCGUUCGCAGCGGAGCCACGUUCCAAUCCACGAACAGUCACAGGGGUCCGGCGGGCACCGGGGGCUCCUCCCGGGCUGCGCGCUCCUCUCCGCGGCCGGCUGCCUCCGGCUCCCGCGCUGCCGCCGCGGCCGCCCGGGACUGGGGCCGGAGCUGCGCGCAUGCAGGCAGCGCGCUCCCCCGCGCUCACGCCCGCCCGGGCCCGCUCGGGCCGCCGCCGCCGCCGCCGCCCGGCCGCCCCCGCCCGCGCGCCCCGGCCGGCCCUCGAGGGUGCGGGGCGCCGGCGGUCAGCGCGCACAUGGAGGCCCGCGGGCCCGCGCUGCGCUCGGCCGCCGCCCCGCCGCGGGCCCGGGCGCCCCACCGGCGUGCGGCCGCGCCCCCGCCGAGCCCCGCCGAGCCCCGCGGCCCGAGGCGCAUGGGUGAGCGGCGGGAGGCGCGGGCCGGGGCCGGGGCCGGGCUGGGCCGCCCGCGCUCCCUCGCCGUCUGCGCGCCCUCGCCGCCUCGGCCUCGGCGCGGGCUCGGGCGGCUUCCAGGCCACUUCGCGCGACCUGAGACACUUUCACUCUGGAUUUUUGUUCUUAUUUUUAACAGAGCCCCCUCGAGUGACGUCGCGGGCCGGGCUCCUGGACACGUGCCUCGGGCCAAUGGCCGCGGCGCCGCGCGCCCACGUGACGAGCCGGCGGCCGCUCGGCGACCGGGACCGCCCGCCGCCCCUCCCCCGCCGCCGCCGCCCCUCCCCCCCUUAAAGCGGCCGCGUCCCCGCGCUCCGCGUGCCCUGCGCUCCCGCUCGCGCCUUCCCGGCCGCCCCUCGGUUCGGGGGCCCGCGGGACCCCGCGACAAGCCCCGCCGGGCCACCCCGGCGAGCAGCGGCGGACGCGCGCCGCAGGACUGCUAUUUUUAA